UUAAAUAUCUUAUUCACUUAUAUAUAGACUCAAGCAAAUUUAAUUAAGUCCAAGUUAAAAAUCAUGAUAAUGCUUUCACUUGCUCUGCUCAUUUGUUAAAAUCAUAAUAAUGUCUUUUCUUAUCGUGGAUGUUCUAAAAGAGGGGGUUCAAAACCUAAAUUUUAAGCUUUAACGCAAAUGUUGAAUAAAAGAGAUUUAACUGUAGUAGUUUGAAUUAUUUGAGACUUGGGCUUGUUCUUCUUCAUGCUUAUAUUCUCCCAACAAAAAUGAAUAAUUUUUUCUCGUUGAUUUGUGUAUUUAUUUUCAAUUUGCGUUUAUCUAGAACUAGAAAAAAACAUGAAAUUCAUGGUCUUGAACUCUCACAACAACUCUUUGAUUUGUGAGCAACUCUCAGCUCGCUGACUUAGAGAUGCUGAAGAUGAUGCGGGCAACGAUUGCUGCUUCUUCUUCUUUGAAGGUUGGUUAUGGAACCAGCACCACCAGAGGUAUGCUGCCUUGUCCUCUUCAAUCUUCUCCUGUUGUUGUUUUCUUCAACAAUUACUUGGCUUUGUUUCACUCUCGAGCUUCUAAAUCGACCGAAUCUAGAAACACUCAACAACACCAGCUUGUGAAAAUAAGUAAUGUUGAGGAUGCUAUCAAUGUGUUCGACGAAAUGCUUCAAAGGCGUCCUCUGCCUUCCGUUGUCCCUUUCAACCAAAUCUUGACUCAACUUGCCAACUUGAAACAUUAUUCGGCAGUCAUCUCCUUGAAUAACCAAAUGGUUGUGUCCGGAAUUCAUCCUAAUGUUUAUACUCUAAACAUUAUCAUGAAUUGCUUUUGCCAUUUGCCCCAAAUGGGGUUGGGUUUGUCAGUCUUGGGAAACUUCUUCAAAUUGGGUUUUGAACCAAGUGCGACCUUCAACACUCUAAUUAACGGCUUUCUUCUUAAGAAUAGAGACGCCGAGGCUGCAGCACUUUUCAAUAAAAUGUUGGAGAGUGGUAAUUGCAAGCCGAAUGUGGUUUCUUUCGGCACAUUAGUUAAGGGUCUUUGCAAAGGUAACAAUAGUGCAGCAAUCCACUUGCUUAAGAAGAUGGAAGAAAAUGCUUGCAUGCCUAACGUAAUUGUCUACAACACGAUUAUCGACAGUCUUUGCAAAGAUUCUCUAGCUGUUGAUGCACUGAACCUCUUUUUAGAAAUGACGAGUAAGGGCAUUGCUCCUGACGUCAUUACCUAUAACUCCUUGAUUCAUGGAGUUUGCAAAGUAGGGAAGUGGAAAGAAGCAAGGAGCGUGGUUGAUACAUUCUGCAAAGAGGGGAUGGUCCAGGAAGCAAGGAGCGUGGUCAAAAUGAUGACGCAAGGGGAUAUAGCACCCGAUACAAUUACGUACAAUUUGCUUAUAGAUGGUUACUGUUUGCGAGGAGAAAUGGACGAGGCGAAAAAGGUUUACGAAAUAAUACUUAGCAAAGGCUGCAUGGUUAAUGCUCGUACUUAUAACAUAUUGAUGAACGGCUAUUGUAAGUGUAAAAGGAUAGAUGAUGCUCGGAUGAUUUUUCUGGAAAUGUCUCAUAAGGGAGUUGUUCCAAAUACGGUUACUUAUAACACUCUUAUGGAUGGGUUUUGCAAGAUGGGAAGAAUACGAGAUGCACAGAACUUGUUCUCUCAAAUGCAAGUGUGCCGACUUCCAGACAUUCAAACUUAUUCUAUUUUAUUGCAUGGCAUGUGUGCAAACCAACAAUUUCCCAAGGCAGUUGAAUUGUUGGAAGAGAUUGAGGUAAAGAAGUUGGAUUUUGAUAUUGUAACUUACAGUAUUCUUAUUGAAGGAUUAUGCAAAGCUGAAAAAGUUGAAUAUGCAUGGGAUCUCUUUCGUAGUUUAUCAUCAAAGGGAAUUCAACCUAAUGUCAGGACAUAUACAAUAAUGAUUAGUGGAUUUUGUAACCAGGGACUAGCAAGUGAAGCAGAAAACUUGCUUAGAGAAAUAGAAGAGAAAGGUUGUUGUCCAGUUGGUUGCACGUACAAUACAAUUAUCCGAGGGUUUAUCAAUAACAACGAGACAUCAACAGCGGUAAGGCUUAUUCAAGAAAUGGUGGAGAGAGGUUUUUCUGCAGAUGCAUCAACUACGGAGUUGGUCGUUAACUUAUUGUCUAAAGAUAAAGUAGAUCCCGCUUUGUUGGCAUUUAUAGAAAGAACGUUCACAAGUCCUGUUGAAGCAGAUUCUUUCCUCCAUAUAUCAUCCUCAGCAAACGUUUUUCGGAAGGAGGCUUUACUCACUGACUCGCUGAAGAUGAUGCGGGAAAUAACAGCUGCUGCUUCUUCUUCUUCUUUGAAAGUUGGUUAUGGCAGCAGCAGACUCGGACUCAGAUUCGGAGGUAUGCUGUUUUGUCUUGUUCAAUCUUCUUCUGUUGUUGUUUUCUUCAACAAUUACUUGGUUUUGUUUCACUCUCGAGCUUCUAAAUCGACGGAAUCAAGAAACACCCAACAACACCAUCGUGUGAAAAUCACUAAUGUUGAGGAUGCUCUCAAUAUGUUCGACGAAAUGCUUCAAAGGCGUCCUCUGCCUUCCGUUAUCCCUUUCAACCAAAUCUUGACUCAACUUGCCAAGUUGAAACAUUAUUCGGCAGUCAUCUCCUUGAAUAACCAAAUGGUUGUGUCCGGAAUUCGUCCAGAUGUUUAUACUCUAGCCAUUAUUAUUAAUUGCUUUUGUCAUCUCAACCAAAUGGAGUUUAGUUUGUCAGUCUUGGGUAACUUCUUCAAAUUAGGUUUUGAGCCAAAUGUCACAACCUACACCACUCUAAUCAACGGCUUUCUUCUUAAGAAUAGAGAGGCCGAGGCAGCAGCACUUUUCAACAAAAUGAUGGAGAGAGGUAAUUGCAAGCUUGAUGUGGUUACUUUUGGUACACUAGUAAAGGGCCUUUGCUUGAAAGGUAACAACACUGCAGCAAUCCAAUUGCUUAAGAAGAUGGAAGAAGGAGCUUGCAAGCCUAACAUAGUUGUCUAUAGCACAAUCAUUGACAGUCUUUGCAAGGAUACUCUAGUUGUUGAUGCACUGAACCUCUUCUCAGAAAUGAUGAGUAAGGGCAUUGCUCCCAACAUCAUUACCUAUACCUCUUUGAUUCAUGGAUUUUGCAAAGUAGAGAAUUGGAAAGAAGCUAAAAGAUUGUUUAAUGAAAUGGCGGAGAAACAAAUCUUUCCAAAUGUGUGCACCUUCAAUGUUUUGGUUGAUACAUUCUGCAAAGAGGGUAAGGUCCAGGAAGCAAGGAGCGUGGUUGAGAUGAUGAUUCAAAGAGAUAUCAAACCUAAUACAAUUACAUACAAUUCACUUAUGGAUGGUUACUGUUUGCGAGGAGAAAUGGACGAGGCGAAAAAGAUUUUUGAAGUAAUGCUUAGCAAAGGCUACAUGGUUGAUACUUGUAGUUAUAACAUAAUGAUAAACGGCUACUGUAAAAGUAAAAAGAUAGAUUAUGCCCGAAUGCUUUUUGUGGAAAUGUCUCAUAAGGGAGUUGUUCCAGAUACGGUUACUUAUAACACUCUUAUGGAUGGGUUUUGCAAGAUGGGGAGAACACAAGAUGCACAGAACUUGUUCUCUCAAAUGCAAGCUUGUAGCCAACUUCCAGACAUUCAAACUUAUUCUAUUUUAUUGCAUGGCAUGUGUGCAAACCAACAAUUUCCCAAGGCAGUUGAAUUGUUGGAAGAGAUGGAGGGAAAGAAGUUGGAUUUUAAUAUAGUAACUUAUAAUAUUCUUAUUGAUGGUUUGUGCAAAGCUGAAAAAGUUGAAUAUGCAUGGGAUCUCUUUCGUCGUUUAUCAUCAAAAGGAAUUCAACCUAAUGCCAAGACAUAUACUAUAAUGAUUCGUGGAUUCUGUAAUGGGGGGCAAAUAUGUGAAGCGGAAAACUUGCUUAGAGAAAUGGAAGAGAAAGGCUGUUCUCCAAAUGGUUGGACGUACAACACAAUUAUCCGAGGCUUUAUCAAUAACAACGAGACAUCAAUGGGGGUGAGGCUUAUUCAAGAAAUGGUGGAGAGGGGUUUUUCUGCAGAUGCGUCAAAUAUUGAGUUGAUUGUUAAUUUAUUGUCUAAAGAUAGAGUAGAUGCCACUUUGUUGGCAUUUAUAGAAAGAAGGUUGGUUAUGGCAGCAGCAGCAGACUCGGGCUCUAAUCAAUUGAGGAAAAUGGGGGUUGGCUUUUCUAUCUUGGGAAAAUUCUUCAAACUGGGUUUUGAACCAAUUGUCAUGACCUUCAACACUCUAAUCAAUGGCUUUAUUCGUGAGCAUAGAGAGGCUGAUGCUGCUGCACUUUUCAACAAAAUGAUGGAGGGAGGUAAUUGGAAGACGGAUGUGGUUACUUUCAGCAUACUAGCAAAUGGCUAUUGCUUGAAAGGUAACAACACUGGAGCUAUCCAGUUCCUUAAGAAGAUGGAAGAAGGCGAUUACAGGCCUGAUAACACGAUCAUCAACAAUCUUUGCAAGGAUAUUCUAGUUGUUGAUGCACUAAACCUCUUCUCAGAAAUGACAAGUAACGGCAUCGCUCCCAACGUCGUUACCUAUACCUCUUUGAUUCAUGGAUUUUGCAAAGUAGGGAAUUGGAAAGACGCUACAAGAUUAUUGAAUGAAAUGGUGAGUAAACAUAUCUUUCCAAAGGUGUGCACCUUCAAUGUUUUGGUUGAUACAUAUUGUAAAGAGGGGAUGGUCCGGGAAGCAAGGAGCGUGGUUGAAAUGAUGACGCAAAGGGAUAUUGCACCUGAUACAAUUACGUACAAUUCACUUAUAGAUGGUUCGUGCGGGAGUAUGCUUCACUAAUAGCAGUACAGGACAUAACAGUAGGCUCCGACAUCUGAUCAAACAGAGACCGAGCCAAUUUAAGCUCCCCCCAUUUGCCAAACCAUGUAUCAUGACAUUCCAAGUGACAGAAUUCCCCUGCGGGAUUUCAUCGAACACAUUGAGAGCAAGCGCCAACAAGCCACAAGUAGCAUAUAUAUUAAUCAGGAAAUAAUGAUAGGAUUCGUGCAUUACCUGAGCGGUUAGGGUUAGCUCAAGAAGUGAGAGCGGGCGGGAGAAAUGAUAGAAGAAGACAAUCAAUCAUUUGAAGGCACUGAAUGAACGAAAAUUUGAGCACCCAAUUGAAAUUCAGAACGAUAUGAUUUCUUUGUAUAUUUUUGUUCUUGACCAACAGUUCCUCCCAAAGACAUACUCCGCCGGAAGCCCCCUAAUAACAUCCCAAAACUCUGAGCAAGAGAAUUAACACGAUGCUUUUAACUAUUCUUUCUUUUUCUCUUUAUCCUUUUUGUUUUUUUUAAGCUCUACGAGUAACGUAGUAACCCUAUGAUAUAUACAUUGUACCUCUCUGAAGUAAACUAGAGCAAUCAUGCCUCGGCUAGUGCCGGAACAGAAUCACCAAGCGCUACCUCUUCUUCCUGCUCUUCAGUAUUACCUUCAAGACGUGUUUCAUCCACUUCUGCUGUGAAGUUCAGCGGCCCUUGUGGUGUUCCAAAGGGUGUAGUGAAUAUCUGUCUAUGACAUUCGUCACUAAAGUAGAUGUAGGUGAAAUGGCCCUCAUAUGGAAGCUUAUGUACCGCAGCUCCUGGUAAAAUCCGGUGAAUAAAAUCAGUCAUCGAUGGUGGGACCACCUUAUCGUCCAUCCCCUGUCAAAAAUUGGAGGAGAAUGGUCUGGAUUAAUACCUCCGAUGGUCUGGAUUAAUACCUCCGAUGAAAAAUACUAAACGCUCUGUAUAGUUUGAAUGAAGCCAUGGUAUGGCGAGAGAUUCGUUGUGGUUACAAGGAAACAAUUAUCACCAGAAAUCUGUCCACGAGUAUGUUACGCCAUACGAGAGAUUCGUGGUGCUUUAUCUGCAGGAUCAUGUAAACUGGAACGGUCAAUAUUUGUAAGGAU